AUGCUUCGUUCUCCCAAUAGUGUUCGAGGUCAACAUCAACCAACAUCAAGUAUUUAUGACUACAAAACACUCAAUGAAAUGGAAAUGAGGACGACAAGUGCGCGAACAUCGGAUCAACCAUCAAAAAUGGAUAGUCAGGAGUCGUAUAGAUAUAAUGAAACAUUGAAAAAAUCAUUUGCUGAUCAAUCUUUACAUUUUCCUUUAUCUCGAAUGUUGAGUAAUAUUUCUUUAUAUGAAAUAAUCAUUGAAGGAAAAUGGAAAUUUCGAGCAUAUGAAGAUGAUCAUUUUCGAUUCAAAUCAAUGGGUAUUGAAAAUUUAGUUUAUAUUUGUCAUGGUAUUAUGCAUAAAACACUUGAAAUAAUUAAAUUAAAACAACGAAACCAACAAACAUGUUCAUCAAAUUGUGAACCAUGGCCAAUAGUAAAUCUUGAUACUUUCAAAACAUUGACAGAUGCUGAUCGUACUUACCUUAAUCGUUCUCAUUUACUAGCUCUAAUGACAAUUAUCUUCGAAGCAACAUCAACAAGAGAAUUUAUGUCUGAAUCUGUUCGUAUUUGGGAUGAAGCUUCUGAACACAACAAUCAUCAACAUAGUUUUUCGAAAUCUCAUAAUCAACCUAAAAUAUCUUAUGAAAUUGCGUUUCGGCAUUUAAUUCAUACACCCGAAAAUCAACUUCUUCAAAUAGCACUUCAUGUAUCUCUUAUAACCGGUCAUAGUCGUAUGGAUUUACAGCAAUUAGGUGAAAAAUUAGGUGUCCAACGUAAUCAUUUUGAUAUAGGUUCAAUAAAAGAUUCAACAAAAGCUUUUCAAGAUCUGAUAAAAUUAUUACGUGAACAAAAACUAAAACGAGAACGUGAACAACAAUAUGUUGAUAUAAAUAAAUUACCAUAUAAACCAAAAAAGAAACGAGGUCUCAAUGCAAAUGUUUCAGGCACGAAGUUUGCUGUUGUUCGUCAAGCUGCUGAUAUAUUUGGCUUUGCUAUAAGUUCUGAUAAUGAUGUUAAUUGUAAUCUAUUGUGGCAUGAUACAUUGAUAUCGAUGGAUAUUGUAUCAGCGUUGAAACCUUACCAAAAAGUCAAUCACUUUCCAACAAUGAGUGAAAUUUCACGUAAAGAUCUAUUAGCUAGAAAUUUUGACAAAUUAUCACGUCUUCUACCAAAUGAAUAUAAUUUUACGCCUAGAACAUGGAUAUUACCAAAUGAAUACAAUACUUGGUAUUCAUAUGCUUCGAGUAAAUCAAAAAAAGAUCAAUCUACUUAUAUUCUUAAACCGAAUAAUGGUGCGAUGGGACAUGGAAUUCAAGUUUUUUGUGAUUAUGAACGAAUUCAAUCCAUUGAUAAUUAUAUUAUUCAAGAAUAUAUUCGAGAACCUUAUCUUAUCGAUGGUUAUAAAUUCGAUCUGCGAAUUUAUGCAUUACUAACAUCAUGCGAUCCACUUCGUGUAUUUAUUUUUAAUAAUGGUCUUGUUCGUAUGAGUACAGAAAAAUAUGAAACACCUAAUCGUAAAAAUGCUUCUCAUCUUUUUAUGCAUUUAACAAAUUAUUCCGUAAAUAAAUAUAAUGUUGAUUAUGAAAUUAGUACAUCGAAUACUGAUACAGAAAACACAGGAAGUAAACGGUCACUGAAGUUUUUAUUUGAAUAUUUACGAAAACAAAAUCAAGAUGCAAAUACACUUUGGAGAGACAUACAAAACAUUGUAAUCAAAACAGUAUUUCUUGCUCAACCACAUUUAUUUGCUGCUUAUCGAAUGUGUCGUCCCGGUGCCUCACCAGCAAGUGAAAGUGUUUGUUUUGAAUUGCUUGGUUUUGAUAUAUUAGUUGAUCAAAAUUUAAAACCAUGGGUACUUGAAGUAAAUCGUUGUCCAAGUUUUGGUACUAAUGAACAAAUUGAUUUUGAUAUAAAAAUGAAAUUAUUACUUGAUACAUUUGAAUUACUUCGUUUUCGAACAUCAGACAGAAAAAAAAGUCUUGCUAUUGAAAAAGCUGAAGCACAACGUCGUUUAUAUUCAAAUAUGGGUAAAACUAGUCGACUAUUGGAUGAUACAUCACUUAUUCUUUCGAAUGGAACUUAUCGAGAUUUUCGAACUCGACAAAAACGACUUGCUGAUGUGAAAGAAAAAUUAUAUCUUCUUCAACGUGAAACAGCUCGUGAAACAUUUGAAAAUCGUCAUUUAGGAAGUUUUAUACGUUUAUUUCCUGUUGAAGAUAGUAUUCGAAUGAAUGAAUUAAUGACUAUAUUAACCAAAUGUUUUGAUGUAUUAUAUGCAAAUAAAAAAGAUAUAUCAUGGAGUACAAAAUAUUAUAAUCGAUAUAAAGAAGAAGAAUUAUUAGAACAAUUGGCUGAACUUGAAGAUCUUGAUCAAACUGAUCAAAAACGAAAUCCUCGUUUAGCUUUUGUAUCAAAUAAUAGUCUUCCAAUAGAACGUGCAUCUCCAUCAGCUAGUUUUGCUUCCGAAUUAAGUGAUGAUGACGAUCAACAUCAAUCAACUUCACCUCCGCCUUCUGAGUUUGUUAAUAAAGCAACAUCAUCAACAAAUACCGUAACAACAACUAGUUCUUUAUUAAAAAGAUAUCCAACACAAUCACGAACAAAUGUGUUACGUUCAACAACACUAUCACCAUUAAUUAUUCGAAAACAACGGCAAACAUCAAUAGUUUCUUCAAAUGUUUCUCAACGACCAGCUUUACAAACACAAGGAAGUCCAUCAGAUAUGAAAUCAAGUCGAAUAACUGAAAAGAAAACUUAUUCAAUAUCAUCAAGCCAAAAUACAGAUCGACAAAGUCAACAAUCUCGAUUAGCAUCCAGAGGAAUAAAUAGCCAAUCUCAAAUGGUUACAUAUACAACAAUUACACAAACAUCUAGAAAAUUACCAAAUAGUAUUACACCAUCUCCUGGUCGAUCAACAUCAUUAAAUACCCCUAAAGAAUUACAAAUGAGUGAUGAUGAAUUAAAUCGUCUUUAUCAAUUAAUACUUGAACAAAUGCAUCAAUUAUGUAUUCGUUAUCCAAAUAAAUCUGAUGAUGAAACACGACGAAUUUGUCAUGAUAUUGUUGAAAAUUGGAGUAAAUAUCGAUCAUCAAUAGAAGAAUUUUGGUUAUCAAAAUUAGAUACACGAAAAAGACAAGCAAUUAUAAGAAUUGUUUGGAAUAAUGUUCAACAAAUAAUGAAACAAUUAUGGAAAAUAGAUCAAUAUGUUGAACAACUAUCAUUAAGUAAACAUUUUGCUAAAUUAGAACAACGUUUAUUAGCAAAUAAUGGACAAUAUUUAUGGGAUAUAUGUCAAAAUAGAUAUAAUUCAUGGGGAUCAUCAUUAAUAACAAGUACAAAUCGUUUAUCUCCGAUUGAAUUAGCUUGUUGUAAUCGUUUUAUUGAAUUAUGUAAACAAGCUUUAUUCAUUGUCUAUCGUUAUUCAAUUGAUGAAAAAACCAAAAAACAGCAACAACAUCAAACAGAAGGAUCAACAAUAAUGGUUAUUUCAUAA